AUGAAACAACCAAACCCUAAAGGGUUGUUUGCGAUGGUAGAACUCAAUUACCAAUGUGUAUCUACUUAUGGCAAAAUUUAUGUUUAUGUGGACCACGUUAGCGAUGGAAUUGAGUGGUGGUUUAAUGAUGAACAUAAUCCAUAUGAUGAUAAUGAUUCUUGUGUUGAUGGUGUGAAAAAUGGUGAAAACAUAGAUAAUCUUAGGGAUGUCAAGGUAGAAAAUGAUGAGGAUGCUAUCAUUAUGAACAAAAUAGCCAAAGAUCUUUUCUUAAGUAAAUUGUGUGUUGAAGGGGUGGAAGAGGAGGAAAACAACAUUGAAGAUGAUGAUAAAGGGAUGUGA